AUGGAUUUAGAUUUCUUAGAAAUGCUUAAGCAGCAAGUUGGGAAUUAUGGGAAUAACAAUGGCCACAACAAAUUAUUUGAUUCUGGAAUUAAUCCAAAUCAUUUGACAGACUUACCCAAUUUGGUAGCCACAAGCCAAUUCCCUGACUUUAAAUCCGAAUACAACGAGAAUCCAACUCCUCCCUUAACAAACAACGACACUUCUAGUCCUGAAUCUUCACACAGCCAAACUCAGGAUAAAGAUAAAGACAGCGAUAAGCGUAAGGCGAGUGAUGAGCUACUUGAUAAUGAACAGCACACCUCCAAGAGCACAAACAACAGACGCUCUUCUGACUCUUCCAGUGAACUUACUCGCAAUUCAAAACCUAACAGCACCAGUAAGCGUAAGGAACAGAAUAGAGCUGCUCAGCGUGCUUUUAGAGAGAGAAAAGAGAAGCACGUUAAGGUCCUUGAGGACAAGGUCGCUGCACAGGCUGAAGAGAACACCAACCUCAAAGACCUCCUCAGUAGACUUCAACAGGAGAACAUGACUCUUAAACACUCGGCAUUCACUUUCCAAUUCCCUCCACCUCAAUCCAACUCAAACUCUAGGUCUUUCCACAAAUCUCCUUCCCCUCUUCCAAACCUGAAUAGCGCUGCUGAAUACAGGGAUAAUUCUUCUAAUCUUAAUAACACUGGCGCAGGCGUACUUGAUGACUUCCUCAACGACUUCGGUCUCCAGAAUGACUUCAUGUUCGACCAAAACCAAUCGAACCCUUCUAUACCGUCUCCCUCCGCCUCCGCAUCUUUGUCUGCUAACAAAAAGCCCCCAUCUGAAUCCAUUAUCGGCCCUCCACCUACCAUCCUUGAACUUGCUCAAGCUCUUUCUGAUCCAGAGGAGAGACUCAAAUGUCCACAGGUCAAGUCCAAGAUGGAGCAAAUGGGUAUCGUUCAAUCCCACCACGAGGAUGUGUCCAAGAUAAGCCCAUACCUUAUCCAAGAGAUUAAGAGGAUGGUAGAGAUGAUUGCCAACGAAAACAAUGAACCCGUCGAUGCCGUUGUGAGAAGGACGUGGAAGGAUCUUGGAAAGGACAUCCCCGAGCAGACUUUCGAUCUCGACGACUUGUGUUCUCAGCUCACCGCUAAAGCUACCUGUGGCGUUAGCAGUACGGAAUGUCAAGCCAAAUUCUUGAGUGUGUUAGCUCAACAGCAAAACAAGUCAGCAAAAUGA